AUGCAACCCAAACCUAGACGUUCAACAAGCAUUUCUUCAUACAUUACCCUCGCCUUUCCACCAACCCAAGCUUCGCCGCUUCUCUGGGUGUCGAGCAGCCUUGACUGCGACCGACCACCCAACCACGACCCAAAUGCCUAUGCCGCUCUCCAACCAGUGCUGGCACGCUUGUCAUACACUACCUCCCCUCCGUCUUCUGUGCUCACAUCCGCAUUCUACUCCCAGUCCCCCGCACAAUCGUCUGCCCUUCCCAAAAUGACAAGUGGCGCGCCACAGACCGAAAGACUACCACCUAUGUCGACAAACGCAGCAUGUUCCGCCCGAGCAAUUGUAUCCCAUCUCGACGGACUCUGGUACCUCUCCACUCCACGCUCUUGGUGGGCAUAUCUGGCGAGGAAGAUCCCCGUUGCACACGUUUUCGUCGGGCCUAUAGGUGGAAAUGAGGAUACAGUUCUUGCGUGCAGGCGCUAG